GCGUUUAUGCGAUAGAUCCGACGUACACGACGACAGAUAAUAAUUAUUGUUCACGAACCUUUCCCGUCCCUUUGACAGCUGUCACCUGUCAGCUGUCACUCUGUCCAUGAUUCUUGUACAAUUUUCAAGCGCACAAGCAAGUUGAAUAAUUAUCGAUUGUAAUCUUUGUAAUACAAAAUUCAUAAGUCACAAAAGGUUUUUAAUUUGCAAAUCCAUGUUAGGACGACAAAGUUCUUAACAUAUUUUGGACCUUCGAGCCGGAUUCCUGCUACUUGCACAAAACGAAACCAGCGAACUUUGGAGACCGGCGUGGUUGGAGGAAGGCGCGUAUGCAGAAUAAUCCCAAGGAUAUACUCAAUUUACGCGAGGGAGGAUCCAAAGGAAUCAAGGAUACUAAAGAGGAUCAUCAGUUGUGUGCCGGCGCAAGCAUAGACUGAUAUUAUACAGAUACGUUGCAUUCGCGUGAGUACUCUGGUUCUUUCUUUGAUUUCCACUAUGAGCGUAGAGGGUACGAGUAAACGAGAUAAAUCUCCUUACAGGUGUAUAGAAAGCGAAAAAACCGAAACAUUACUUCGCGAAUUAAUCAAAAAACGUGGCGUUUUGAAGGCGAGACUUACAAAGUUCGCCAGUUAUUUAACUACUUGCGUUUCUGAAGCACCUACUAAUUUGCAUAUAGAUAUUAAGUUGCGCAUCCAAGGCGCAGUUGCACUUUUUAACGAAUUUAAUUCUGUGCAGAGCAAAAUUGAGGAAAAUGUGCCCGAAUCUUGUCUCGAAGAACAAUUAUUGCAGCGUGAACAAUUCGAGAAUAAUUAUUACAGUGCACAGGCUAGUGCCGAGUCCUUAUUAAAUGCUAGAACAUCUGCUACAAGCUCUCAGUGUCAAGGCCAACAUAAUAAUCCAUUACAAACUAUAAGAUUACCUACUAUCACUUUGCCCGAGUUCGAUGGUAUGUAUGAGAGUUGGCUCGAGUUUCGAGACACUUAUAUGUCAUUAGUUCAUAAUUCAUCAGAGCUUAGCAACAUUCAAAAAUUCCAUUAUCUCAGAUCUUCGUUGAGAAGUAGUGCAUUAUUAGUUAUAAACUCAUUAGAACUAACUUCCGAUAAUUACAUUGUUGCAUGGGAACUUUUACAAAGCAGGUAUAACAAUAAUAGAUUAUUAAUUCAAAAUCACAUCAAGUCUAUAUUUAAUAUGCAACCAAUAACCAAGGAAUCUCAUUUAUUAAUUAGGAAUUUAAUUGACAGCACAUUAAGGAAUUUACGAGCUCUGAAAAUAUUGGGCGAGCCCACGAAUUUCUGGGAUGCUCUUAUCAUAUUCAUUGUUGUUUCAAAACUUGAUAAAAUAACCGAGCGUGAAUGGGAACAGCACAAAGAGAAUAUUGAGCUGGCGGAUCCCAACUUUCUGGAGUCACAAGAUAUAGAUAUUUUGCUUGGCGCAGAGAUGUUCUGGGAUCUACUCACUCACGGAAAAAUAAGGCUACCUAAUGGACCUUAUUUGCAUAAUACUUUAUUCGGCUGGAUAAUAUCCGGUGCAAUAUAUCAUAAAUCACUAAAUGAUAAUGCUGGUCAUAUCCAGUGUAAUUAUACACAAACGAUGGAUGCGCUAUUACGACAAUUUUGGGAACUUGAGGAGCUACCCAAGCGUCAGGAUGCGCAGACUGAUGAGGAUCAGAUAUGCGAAAAUCACUUCCUCACUACAACUACGCGAAACAGUGAUGGUAGGUUUUGUGUUUCUAUUCCUUUUAAACAGUCACCUGAGCUUUUGGGAGACACUUUUCCUCAGGCAGAACGACGUUUUCUCGCACUAGAAAGGCGAUUACAACGCUCGGAUACAUACAAGCAAAUGUAUUCUGAUUUCAUUCAUGAAUAUGAGAAUUUGGGUCAUAUGACCAGGAUUUCCUCUUAUGACAAACCUCAUUAUUUUAUGCCCCACCAUGGAGUUCUUCGUGAGUCUAGUUUGACCACAAAGCUACGCGUGGUAUUUGACGCUAGCACAGCUUCCAGUUCUGGGCUGUCUCUCAAUGACAUACAGCGUGUAGGCCCACCUAUACAAGGUGAUUUAUUUGCCAUUCUUCUAUGUUUCAGGCAGCAUCGCUUCGUGGCAUGCGCCGACGUUACGAAGAUGUAUAGGCAAGUCCUGGUGCGCGAGCAACAGCGCCACCUGCAGUUAAUUCUCUGGCGAGACACUCCAUCGGAGCCUCUAGGGAUAUAUCGUCUAAAUACAGUCACUUACGGUACCGCAUCUGCUCCCUUUCUUAGUGUACGCUGUAUAAAGCAGUUAGGCGUCGAAUCUAAUAAUCUUGACGUUCAGAGAAUUAUCAAGGAGGAUUUCUUUGUAGACGACUUAGUAACGGGAGAUGAUGAUAAAUCUAGGUUAUUGUAUUUAUGUAAUGAAAUCGCUCAAACAUUACAGUCAGGAUGUUUCCCACUUCGAAAGUGGACAUUCAAUUUUAUGCACAAUGAUUUAAUGUCAUCUCAUGAUUCGCUUGAGCAUUUAUGUUUAAAUAAUAACAGUAGUUCUAAAACUUUAGGCAUAGGCUGGCUAAAUAUGUCAGAUGAAUUUUAUUUCAAUACGCUUUAUGAUUUUGAUAGUAAUUCGCAAGUUAUAACUAAGCGCUAUAUUUUGUCACACAUAUCACAAAUAUUUGAUCCUCUUGGAUUAAUUAGUCCAUGUAUCAUGCAGGCUAAAAUUAUUUUGCAGCGUCUAUGGCUGUUAAAAAUUGAUUGGAACGAUCCAGUUCCAAUUGAUGUCAUUGCGAUAUGGAAUAGAUUUGUGUCGUCGCUAAGCGUUCUUAAUAAUAUAAGGGUGCCGCGCUGUGUACUAGGUGAUAGUUCAAAUUAUACGACUAUUGAACUACACAUAUUUACGGACGCUUCACAAUUAGCGUACGGUGCUUGUAUUUAUGUUCGCACUAUAAGCGAUAAUUCAAAUAUUUCUGUGCGUUUAUUAUGCGCUAAGGGUAAGGUUGCACCUCUAAAACCGGUAAGCAUACCGCGCUUAGAAUUGUGUGGUGCAUUGUUAGGAGCUAGAUUAUAUGAUAAGGUAAUUUCAUCGAUUCAUCGUAAAUUCGAUUGUGUUGUUUUCUGGACAGACUCAACAAUAGUAUUAGGAUGGUUGCGCAUGUCUCCUAAUCUGUUACAAACAUUUGUCCAAAAUAGAGUAGCUGAAAUACAUGAACUCUCGGGAGUCUUGCCGUGGCAUCAUGUUAGCGGGAAACACAACCCGGCGGAUUUAGUGUCACGUGGCGUGACAGUCGAUGAACUCGCUAAAUCUAGAUUAUAUUGGUCAGGGCCUGAGUUUCUACAUGAUAAACACUUCAUUAGCACUAAUAUAUCUCACCCUCCUCAUGUUUCACCAGAGUUGUUGCCGGAGACGAAACGUAGUUGUCAUCUAUCGUUUAUCGCUACAAAUACAAUAUUUAUUAAUUUUGAAAGGUUUUCAAAUUUUCUACGCAUGGUACGCGCUAUAGCUUAUAUGUUACGAUUUUUGCACAAUGUUCGUAAUAAAAAUAAUAAACGUACGGAUAUUUUAAGUACUGAUGAAAUUAUAGAAUCUCAAAAUUUAUUAGCUAAAAUAUCACAAUUAGAAUCUUUUCCAGUCGAGUAUAAUUUAUAUAUAAAAGAAAAUAAGGUAAAAGAUAAUCACUAUUUAUCAAAACUAAAUAUUUUCAUGGAUAGGGAUAAAAUAUUGCGCGUUGGAGGCAGACUAACUAAUUCCAAUUCAUUUUCACAUACCAAAAAGCAUCCUAUUUUGUUAGGUAGUAAUCAUAGUUUCACUAAAUUGUUAUUUCGCUAUGAACAUGUUAAAUUGUUACACGCAGGUCCUCAAGCGCUAUUGUUUAACAUACGUGACAAUUGGUGGCCGAUAGGAGCUAUUAGUAGCAGAUUGAAAUUGAACAUGAGUGGAUGA